GUGUGAGGGACGCGCCAGACGAGCAGCAGGGCAGCGGGAAGAGGAGACCCCGAUCCCGGUGUUGUCUGACAUUUUGGUCCCUUUGAGACCGUUUCGAGCCCCAAAAACUUGCCGUUCGUAUCGCGCUACCAGGCUAUGUGGUGGUGGUGAGGGCGCUGUGCGUGUGACUGAGAGGGGGAAUAGCGCAAAUCUAUCUACAGCUCCUCGGGGGAAAGAUGAUGAUGGCCGGUGGUGGUGGCGGAGCAGCCGUGGACCAUAACGGGAUCUACUCAAAUCCGAACCUCCACAGCCUGCAGCAGCCCCAUAUGGAGGCUGAUAACGCGGACUCCCGUAAACGACCGCUGGAAACUCCGGCUGAGGAGGCCGGCUGUACCAAACGCACCAACACUGGAGAGGAGGGUGAGUACUUCUUGAAGGUGCUGAUCCCCAGCUAUGCAGCCGGCUCUAUAAUUGGCAAGGGCGGCCAGACCAUCGUACAACUGCAGAAAGAGACGGGUGCCACCAUUAAGCUGUCCAAAUCCAAAGACUUCUACCCAGGAACAACAGAACGAGUCUGUCUGAUACAGGGUACGGUCGAAGCCCUCAAUGGCGUCCACAACUUCAUCGCGGAGAAAGUCCGCGAGAUGCCCCAGAGCGCCCAGAAACCAGAGCCAGUCAGCAUACUGCAGCCACAGACCACGGUCAACCCCGACCGAGUCAAACAGGCCAAACUGAUCGUACCCAAUAGCACAGCUGGGCUGAUCAUUGGCAAGGGCGGAGCCACAGUCAAAGCGGUGAUGGAGCAGUCAGGGGCUUGGGUGCAGCUCUCCCAGAAGCCAGAGGGCAUCAACCUGCAGGAGCGAGUGGUGACCAUCAGUGGGGAGCCAGAGCAGAACCGUAAGGCUGUGGAAAUCAUAGUGCAGAAAAUCCAAGAGGACCCUCAGAGCAGCAGUUGCCUCAACAUCAGCUAUUCAAACGUCUCGGGCCCAGUGGCCAACUCCAACCCCACCGGCUCCCCCUACGCCAACACGGCCGAGGUGCUGCCCAACGCAGCCGCAGCAGCCGCCACCGCGUCCAGUCUUCUGGGUCAGGCUGGAUUGACAGGAAUGGGCGCCUUCCCUGCCGCCAUGUCCAGCUUCUCUGGCAAUGACCUGCUGGCCAUCACCUCAGCCCUCAACACGCUGGCCAGCUACGGCUACAACACUAACACGCUGGGCCUGGGCCUCAACCCUGCAGCUGCUUCUGGGGUCCUCGCUGCAGUAGCAGCUAGUGCUAACCCAGCCGCUGCAGCGGCGGCUAACCUGCUGGCCUCCUACGCAAGCGAUGCCUCCAGCAGUGCUGGCCACCCUGCUACAGGCCUCGGUGGGUUCUCCCUGGGGUCUCUAGCAGCUGCUACCGGGGCUUCCAACGGUUACCUAAAUGCUUCAUCUCCACUGAUGGCCUCCUCCCUAUUGGCAACAGAGAAGCUGGCAGAUGGGGCCAAGGACGUGGUUGAGAUUGCUGUGCCGGAGAAUCUGGUGGGCGCCAUUUUGGGAAAAGGAGGGAAAACGCUGGUAGAGUACCAGGAGCUGACAGGAGCCCGCAUCCAGAUCUCCAAAAAGGGAGAGUUCAUUCCUGGUACUCGGAACCGUAAAGUUACCAUAACAGGGUCGCCAGCCGCUACGCAAGCAGCGCAGUAUCUGAUCAGCCAGCGGAUCACUUACGAGCAGGGCGUGCGUGCUACCAACCCACAAAAGGUGGGCUAAAAGGAAAAAGAAGAGCAAGGAAGGAAAGGAUGAAGACAGAGAUAGAAGGGAAUUGAGAGUCACGAUGAAUAGAAAAAAAAGAAACGUCCAAAUAUCUGUUCAAUAUUUCAGUAUCAAAUGAGAGAAUCACAAAGGAGGAGGUGGGGGAGACAACCAAGAUAAGUGUGUGUGAAAUGUGAAUGUGUUUUUAGGACUUACGUCCUGAUGUUUUUUAAAAGUUUGUGUCGAGUCCUUUUGACGAUGGUGAUCAGAGUAAGCUGAACUGGUCCACUGCCAAGCUGCAGAUUCAAGGGUGAGGCCGCAGGGCUUCACCCUCCUCCAAAACCUCAUAGCUGUUUUAUUUUCCUUUUUGUGUUUGGUUUUGUUGGUUUUAAUUUCAGUUGCAAACCUCAGCUCCCGGUGAGCUGAGCAAGUCAGAUGAAGUUCCAGCCAGCUAAUAGAGCUGUUUUACAAACCUUGCUCUUUGUAUACAAUGCAGAAUGCAUUGUUCACAGGAUGAGGUUUUAUGACAAGCACCUGAGGUCAUCUCAGUCUAUGGGGAAGCAAUCUGAGUAUAAUUUCUUAAAAAAAAAAAAAAAAAAUCACAUCUUUGUUGACAUAUGUUGAAUUCUGGCUCAUAUCAUAAUUGAAGUUUCUAAAUUUGGGUAUUUUAUAUUUUCAUCCUUUAUUUAUUGACAUGGUCUCAUUCAAACACAAAUAGAUUAUUUAAACCUGUGAAUGCAGGUUGAUCUGAAUGUAAAAACAAUAUUAGCCUAAUGCUAUUUUUUAUUUACAGGGAUCAAAUAUUGUGUUGCAGUGAAAGAAAUGUAUAACUCAAACCCAGUCUGAACUUCACUGUUGCUGUCUGCAAGUAUAGUUCAGGGGUUAAAUAAUCAAUGUGAGAGGAUAGAGGAGACACACAGGAAUGUAUAAAUAUAUUUUACAUAAACACACAUAGAUGAUGCUCCCGCAAACGCACAAACACUGAAACAUAUUUGCAUAUUCAGUCACAGCUCCAAACACACAGAAAUAUGUUGUUGUUUAACCCUUUCUUGGUGCUAUAGGAUUAGGUUUAUAUCUCCUUUACCAUGAAAUCAAAAUCUCUCUGGCGACUAAUCUCUUUACUUGAUUUAAAACAGCCGAUGUGUCGUCCAGCCAUUAGUAGCCCAUUGGAUCUAACCCAGCCUCUCUCACCUAAUGACAAAUGAUUGAUUUCAGCAUUUUUGUGAUGAUAAAGCAAUCCAGUCUUAGUAUUCCAAGUCCAUUCUUGCUCCAAAUGCAGGCCUUGUUUUUUUUUCUUUUCUGUUCUUUUUUUUUAAGACAAAAAAUUGGCCAUCCUCGAACAGAUAUUACCUGAUAUCAUUUUUGCCUUAGUCAGACGUUUUGUAAUUCCCAAGUAUAAACUUAAAGCUCAGACUACCUUGAAGCAGUGUCUAACCAGUUCAGUUCGCAAAGGGAACAAAGCACUACAAAAGCAUUUUGAUAAGAAAAGCUGUAUGAACCAAUAUCUGUGAACAAAGAAACUAUUGCCUUUACAUUAAGGGUACCAAAUAGUCAAGAGACACACACUAAUGAAAGGGAAGUAGAAUGACACUUGAAAAGAAGGUUUGGACUCACUUUUUCUGUGAGCCGUCCUUCCUAAUUUGCAUCAAGACGGAAAAAAAAAAAGGAAGAAAAAAAAGAGAGAAUAAAAAGAGGAUUCUGCAGUUCUACCAGGCAGCCUGUUAUCGUUCCCAAAACACGUUAAAGCUCACUAACCUCGGGUGGAGCACAUAAUAAAACAUAAAAUGUUUUGGCAUCGUUGUCUUUUAUGGGCAAUUGUUUGUCUAAUGCAGGCAGGCUAAUUGUCUCGAGCAUUUCUAAGCACUCGAAGAUUACCUUGGCUUCCUUCUGUGCUGCUAUCCAUAGUGUUCAUCCUGAGUACACUGGGUCUCUGAAGACUGCACUGUGAGACAUUAAGAACACAAUGUAAAGCGUGUCUGUCCCUGCUUGGGAUGUGAGUAUAUUUUAAUGUGCACAUCUAUGUCACAUACACAAGACCUACCAAUACUGACGGGAGGGAUAUCGCCACAAGAGCAUUUAUACUCCAGCGUCUUGUGAUGUUUCUGUUUACCAAUGCACUGCACUUCAAUUAGCGGACAUUUUCCUAUCAGCAAACUACAAACUAUUCUCACCACAUUUUCCCGCACCGUAUUCUCCAAUCCUACGACGUCCACUUUCCGCCCCCCCCCCGUUGCUCUAAAGACAUCGUUCAAUUGUCCCCAUCAACCCAAGCUCUAUGAUCAGCUUCCUGAAUACACGGCUGUGAGGGUUGGUGCUGAGUAGUGUCCAAGAAAAUCAGAACCACUCCCAGUUUUUUGGAAAAUUUUAAUGAAUAGCCUUUUCAUUUGUCAUAAUUCAUGUUUGAAAGUAAACAGAUCUGAAACAGCUCUUUGUGUCUGAACAUUAUGCGUGGCAAUUGCAAACAGCGAGCCUUUUUUCCUACCUGACAACUUUCCUUUCACUACGUGUCUGGAAGGCUUGGCGGUCAUCCACGGCGACGAUCCGGCCACCAGUGAAAUCACUGCAUGAGAUAACCUUUUACUGCCCAAGAUUUUAGCAUAUAAUAAGAUACAAGCACAAAACAAGGGGAUGUUUUAUCAAUGCAACUGGACUGCUUGACUGCAGGGAGCUGUCCGUCGGAGCUCUCUGAUCAAUACAUAGUGCCAAACGCUAUUUCUCUUUGCCCCUCAUUAACUUUCCUCUUUCUCUCAACAUUUUAUUCCCCUGCAUGUUGCUGUUUCUCACCGUUCUGAUUUUCCUCCUGUGUCCUGAUCCCCGUCUGUGCUUCUUCCUACACUGUGCUCUCCCCCUCUUUCUCCUUCCUCCUGUCUUGUCUUCUCAUGGGCGGUGUGUUGGAUGUGCUGCUGGUGGGAGUUAUGCACUAUAGGUCGCGAGGGUAUGAAAACAUUAUCCCGGGCCGUAGAGUUCACAAAAGGCUAAAAUGCACAGAAAACACCUGCCUCCGAAACUGUGACACCCACCAAGACCAACCAGCAGAGUUAGCUCAAAGUAUCAGAUUCCCUCUAUAAGAAGAACAAGUAGGAUCCAGACAGGUUCAGGCGGCGAUCCACGGCCUUUCAAGGGAAGAGAAAGCGAUGUAUUUUUUUUCCAAAAGAAGGCAAAUCUUGGUUGAGUAAAUAUUCAUACACUGGCUGGCCUCAAGUGUCGGCCUCCAAACAGCAUAGUAAGGACAGAAUGCAUACGAGAGCGAGAGUAAGGUGGGAACUUGUUUGUGACCUCAAGCCGAAACAAUGACAUCCUUUAUGCAUAUCCUGUUAUCUGAAAAUGACUAGAAUUCAUUUCUGUGGAAUACAAUAUGUCAUGUCAUAUGAUCUAUAUGUACUUUAUUGUAGCUAUUCUAGUUUGUAGUCCAAAUGCAGUCCAGCGUUGUCGAUACAAUGUGAAACUAUGUUAUAUUUGUGUGGAUGAUGAGAGUGCCAACUAAGCCUGAUUAAGAUUAGCUUCGCGAUUUGUUUGUGCAUUAUGAUGACUCAUCAUCGACCGGUGGUGUCCAUAUUUCUGUCAUUGAUGAUUUAGUUUGACAGUAAGAAAAUGUAAAGAAUAUUGGAAGCAAUAUAGUAGCAUGUUGUCCUGUUUUGUGUUUUAUGUCUGUUGUAUGAACCUUUGAAAUUACUAAGAUUUUGAAUGAAUAGGUUUACAUGUACUUUUUGUAAGUUAUGAAAAUGCUGCUAUUUGAUAAGUAAACUAUACAAAAUAUUUUAGUUGAAAAGAUGUCUGGUCUGUUGAUUAGAAACAUGCUCUAAAAGGCUGGAGCAUAAAACGAGGUGUAUAGAAUACUAUACAGUAUUGGUAAGAUAGUAAAAGUAAUAAUAGACUCCAUAGUACAACCUGUGCCAAACUAGACCUCCGCAGCUUCUGAAAUUGUAGAUGUGCGAUCAAAUGUUAGAUAUCAAUAACUUGUUUAGAAGUGCUGAUCAAGUGCCAAUCAAACACUGUCUUUUAAGUUAAGAAAAGAUAAUCAAAUACAUUACUUAAGAAAACAAAGGACAAAGAACUUUUUGUGCAUUGUUUUAUCCCAUAGGUACAUAGAGUAAGAGUUAAAGAUUGUGAUUUUUAUGGAUCCAUGUUGUUUUACACUCCAUGCAUCCCUUGUGUGUUUGUUUGACCUGUGGCUUAAGUACUGCUGUUUUCUCACAAAUGUCUCUAUAGGCCAGCAUGGACUAAGCAUAACAUGUUAUAAGCAUUCAUAACAUAGCCAUUAACAAUCAAAAAUGUGUUUGUGGAGUUAGGUGUUAUCUUUUUGCACGUCUUCUAUUGCAUGGUAUCAAAGUAAAUUAUGGAGGAAAAAAAACUACAAAAAUUUGCGAGGUGUCUCUCGCAACAUUCAAUGACAUAACGCUGCAUGCAGUCAAAUGUAAAGCACUUAAGUUUACUCGCCUCAUGUUAACAAAGUUGUUUUUUAUGUUGUGAGUUGGGAGGGAGCUCAUUAUUGUCAUGUUGGCCCGAAAACAAAAAAAAAGACACAGACACACACACACACAAACACACACACACACACACAUCUGAGAUCAGAUUUCUCAUCGAUCAAGUUCAUCUCUCGGCAUCAUCAGAGAAGAUUUUUAGAUUUCUAGGUGCAGUGAGGAGUAUUAAAAAUGUGAAACAAGCAAACGUGAAAAUGUUACUCAGUGCAUUGGCUCCUUGUGUUUUUAGGAUAUCAGGCAUGCGUUUCGUUCUCCAGCAGGUUAAACCUCAUGUGACCUGUCUCAUCAUGGUCUAGACUUGUUUUACGUCACAGCUUAAAAGCCCAGAUCUAAUCUAUGAAUGUACCCAUUUGCUUUUUUUUUUCAGUUCUGUCGAAUGUUUAUCGGUCUUUAAUGUAAAUUCAGGGCAGGAAUGUCAAAUACAUGUAGAGUUAAUAUCUAUGUCAAUAACAGAUUUCACCUAUAGUCAGGUAGGCCUCCCACGGCCACAGUCAUGAACCAGAUAUGUUUUAACACAACUUCCGAUUCGCUGUCAACAUUAUCUUGUUUGUUUGGUGUUGCAUAAAUGCACUUUACUGAUCAGUGGGUCAUACUGGGUGUGAAAUGAAGCAAACCAUGUUGGCUUUCAACAGUUUGAGUUUAUUUUAUUGCCAUUUUUCUGUUUUUUUUCCUUCUUUUUUUUGCUGUUGCUCUGAUGUGACUUUUAUUUAUUUAUUCCCUGAUCCUGUUGGGUCUCAUGAAUGAUGGAAAGGGCUGGAGUCUCAGACAAAAUAGAAAAGUAGCACCUGUUUCCUCACUCGAAGGAAGGCUUCUCCUUCACAUUCCCUUCAGCAGAGGUCUGUGUCAAUCACUGCGUGCUUUGUUUUGAACCAACGUGUGAAACCAGGACGGAUCUGUACACCUUUGUCCUUUUGCAUCCUCUUUUGCUUUUUAAAAAAAAAAAAAAAAAUCCAAAUUUAAACGUGGUUUUCGUUUCUCCAGCAAAUUGGGAUAAAAGCACUGGACUGAAGGCACUGAGGGAUGCAAGCUCAACAUCUGGCUGACACAGCAGUCAGGUCUGAGAGACAAAACCGGCACCAGCAAAACGAUGAUUGCCUCUGCCACCUCAACACGAUGAAAAUCACAGAGGAAGCCGUUGAAUGGUUAAGGUCUAGCUAUACGAACGAUGUUUCUGUCUCAUUCUGUUGUGUUGCACACCCCUGUCGCUGCAUUUACUGCUUCACAUCCGAAUGCCAAACGAAUUGCAGUAUCAUUCCAAAAGUUGUCAUGUUUGUUUUGAUUCUCACUCCAAAUGUAUUCUGGACGUUCAUCCACCCCCACGGAGCCCUUUCACAAGAAGGCUAGGACUGGUUUUAAACUCUACAAACUGGCUAAGGCUGCUCGCUCCUCUCUUAAAACCUCUUCUACCUGAGUCUCACGCUCUCAGCCUACACGAUAUCACGAUUUGUGUUCCAUCACACCGAGCACCUGCUACUGUGUCCACCCUUUAAAUGGAUUAAGGUAUUUCUGAGCCCUUUCGUCUGAGAAAAUACAGGAUUCUUUGCCAACCAGACAUGAGGCCAUUUUUGUCUUUGACCCUCUGAACCUCCCAUGAACUUUGUUGACCUUCUCCAUCCCCAAGAACUCAUAUAUGUGUUGGAUAUUUUACACCACUUUUACUGUCAAACUCUGCCAGACUGUUCUUUUUGUUUCCUGGUUAUCUGGACAAUUCUGCAGGGUUAAACGCUUGCUUAAGUGUACACUGAAGAAAGCAUGCCAGUACCUUGCAAACAUUUUCACGUCAUUGUAAAUUUUCUUUCGGGGUUCGGUUUUACGUUGUUUAACCUCUGUUCUUUCCAUCUCAGAAAAAAAUGGACUGACAGCAUAAAAUCAAUUAUUCCAACCUAAGCAAAGUGAUGUUUUGUUGAUUGGGUGCAUUUCUCUUUGAUAUUAACGACAACGGUUCUGUCUUUCAUUUGUGACGAGCGAGGAGAAUCUGUGAAAGUCCACAGUGUUAACUACCUAAAGGGCUUUCUAGGACAGCAUUUAUAUGUCUUUUAAAAUGAAAAAGUCCUCUGAAUAUGUUCAGAAAGGAAAAAAUGCCUUCUUGUGCCAUUUUAGAAAAAGUGUGAAAGCUUUUUAUGGCAAAUAUUUGUCAGCAAGAGUGCCAAAUAAUUCCAUACUGAGCCAAAAGGCUGCCAGCCUGCAUAACUAAAUGUUAGAUCACUGGAAUGGUUCCGUCCCAUUUCCACUCCCCUUGAAAAACAUCACCCUAAUCGUACAACGUUUGAGCUCAUGUACCAUUAUUGUUAUGCUGCCAGUCUGUUUUCUGCUUUUGUCAGAGAAACAUCUCAGAAGCAGUAUAUUUUCUAAAUGAUACACUGUUGAUAAAAAAAAGACAACAGCUACUUUGGUGAGGGAAUGAGAGGAUUUUAAAAGUGUCAUUGUUUUUAUUAUUAGUUUAUUUGAACAUUAUUCAUUAAUAGAUUUAACGGUAAUGACUAUUUAAUGUAACUGUAGUACUGUGUUUGUAAAAGAAAUUCAGUGAGUUGUGUUUUAUGACUCGUGGACUACCAGUGAAGUCAGCAUUUCAGUGUUAAUAAUUGAAUUGUUUUUUAAAGAUUAUUUUUGCGACGGCAACAAAGAGUCAUUAUAAAUGUUCAUUUUAACAUCA